AUGUCUUCUGGCUUUAGUGCACGAAUACACUCGGCGUCCGCCAAUCUCAAGGCGAAGAGAAGGGUCUCUGGAUGGGUUCUACCAAAGCAAGAGUCGUCGUUCGCGGACAAAGAUAGCUGGUCGAAUAUUGAUCAAGAUGUUACGCCUGUGGAGCGGCGGACAUGGACCUCACUUACCAUCUUUGGGUUUUGGAUGAGCGAUGCCAUGAAUGCUCAAGGAUGGAUGUCACCCGCUGCCAUCAUUGCUCUGGGACUGACUUGGAGAGAGGCCGUGUACUGCAUCAUUCUUGGUCUCUCCAUCACGGCCAUUCCUCUGGUGAUGAACGGUGCCAUAGGAGCUCAUUUGCACGUCCCGUUCCCCAUCGCAGCACGUUCAAGUUUCGGCAUCAUGUUCGCCAGAUUCGCAGUCGUCACUCGUAUGAUCACUGCCCUUUUCUGGCAUGCCAUCCAGACAUAUACAGGUUCGACAGCGAUCACGCAAUGCAUUCGAGCCAUCUGGCCUUCGUAUCUCGACAUUCCGAAUCACCUUCCAGAAUCUGCCGGCAUCACGACACAGCAGCUUCUAAGCCACUUCCUUUUCUGGUCAAUACAAUUCCCGUUCCUACUGAUCCCGCCGCACAAGCUCAAGUGGUUUUUUGUCUUCAAGGUCGUGGUCACUGUCACGGUCAGCGUGGCAGUCGUAAUCGCCAUGACCCAAAUGGCUGGCGGUACAGGCGACAUCUGGAACCAGGAGUACAGAGUCUCGGGAUCUGAGCGUCGCUGGAUGAUAAUGGCGAGCAUGAUGUCGCAGUCCUCAGGCUGGGCUACCAUGGCGACGAAUGUUCCUGAUUUCACCAGGUACCUCAAGUCUUCGCGUGGUGUAUAUUGGCAAGGUUUCUUUCUUCCCAUGAUCAGUCUGAUGCUUGGACUGUUUGGCAUCAUCAGCUGCUCUGCUUCGAAGGUGUUGUACGAUGAGUACAUUUGGGAUCCCCUCGUUCUUGCUUCGAAGUGGGAGGGGCCAUCUGGUCGGUGUGGAGCUUUCUUUGUCGGCUUCUGCUGGAUGGUGGCUCAGAUUGGUACUAAUUUGUCUGCGAACGUAAUCUCGUUUGCCAAUGAUAUGGUCAGCCUAUUCCCAAAGUACAUCUCGAUUAGGCGAGGUGCGAUAUUCGCAACAGUCACCGCAGGCUGGAUCAUGGUCCCCUGGAAAAUCGUCCAUUCUGCUCAGUCACUUCUCACUUUCAUGGCUGGCCUGGCCAUCUUCCUUGCACCAAUAGCAGCGAUUACUGCUGCCGACUACUGGUUCGUUAAGAAGCGGCACGUCGAUGUUCCGAGCUUGUAUCGGAAACAUGCUCGCUACUGGUACUGGAAGGGCAUCAACUGGAGAGCUGCUGCAGCCUUCCUGAUCUCUCUGGUACCCAACGUCCCUGGCCUCGCCCACGCAGUCAAUCCAAGUGUGCAAAUUGGUCCCGGCAUCCAGCAUCUGUACGAUGUGAAUUACAUAUGGGGUCUCUUCUCUGCGGCUUUCGUAUACUGGUCGCUGUCAUAUUUCUUCCCUGCCCGGGAGACGUUGCUGGAAGAGUCGAUUCACGAUGAUCGUGUGCUGAACGGCGUCGAGUACAAGGCGGAUGGCUCCGGGUCGUUUGAGUCCGGGAAAAACGAUGUCGCGAUCUCUGUCAGAUCACAGAAAGGAGAUUCUGAGGUCGUGUAG